GAUCACCAUAGUUUAGUGUGCUUACGGCUGUUGUAUCGAGUGUCUGGCAGUUACCACAGAAGCAGCAAACGUAACAGAAGUGGAGGGCCAGGGUACUAUCGCUCCACCGGCCACCGUCCACAUCAAGAUGGAUCUCAAUAAUAUAGGCGAUAAAGAGAGUUUCACCAUAGCGUAUGACAAUGAAAUGUAUAGUUCACGUCCGGAUUUCCCGAUAGGGGCUGUGCUGCUGGACCUGGACGAGAGAGAUCUUCCAGGUAUAGUGUCCCGGGUGGUGGACCAAAUGAUCACAAGUGAUCAGAUUCCAGAGGAACAUCGUGAGACUCUCCUCAGAAUUCUCUUGCAAAAGCGCAAUUCUUCCAUUGUAACAGCCGGGACGGAAGAAAAGCCCAGUUCAGAAGGUCGACGACGUUCAUCAGUACGUAGGAUAUCCAAUGGUUUUCCUCUCAAUAAUGAUGAACUUAACGGUAUGUCCAACGGCACCAUCCCCAAGGAUGCCCACAGAGAUCCUGCUGGGUAUAUCCGCCAUAACCUUUUCACAGAGAUUGACAUAGAUUCAAAUGUACUCUAUAACAAUAAGGAGACAAAGUGUUUUCCUGAGGGAGGUGAGAUGACUGCGGUAAUGGCUGGUGGUGUGAGCUUCCUGCAGAGUCCCAUCCUCAUCUUCGUCAGACUCGCUGAAGGAGUCUUGCUCAGAGAUCUUAUCGAAGCUUCAAUACCUGUGAGGUUCAUAUAUGUCCUCCUUGGUCCAUUCCAUGAUGAGAAGGACUAUCAAGACAUUGGUCUUUCCAUUUCCAACCUCAUGGCAAGCAAGGCGUUCCGCCAGGCGGCAUACACUGUACAAUCCAAGAGUCAGCUGCUUUUUGCUGCUAACGAAGUUCUACCUCCUCCUUCCUAUACAAGAGAUAUAGAUCUUAUAGAUGCCACUCAGAUAAUGAAGAAGAGAGAAAGCAUCCUAAUAAAGAACGCUCAGUGUGAACAAGCCGCAGCAGCAGCAGCGGCGGCAGCAGCGGCGGCCGGGGAUGGUAAUGAUGGGGAUAAGAAACCACCAGAACGUAAUCCUCUGAUUCGCGUCGGAAUACCUUUCUAUGGCGUGUAUCGGGAUAUUAAGGACCGCUACAUGAAGUAUCCCUCAGACAUUAUAGACGGUUUCAAUGCUCAAGUGGCUGCUGCAGCCAUCUUCAUCUUCUUUGCUGCCCUUUCACCGGCCAUUACAUUUGGUGGCAUGUAUGCUGACAAAAUGGAUAAUUACAUUGGAGUUGGUGAAUGCUUGCUCUUAUCUUGCGUGAAUGGUGUCAUCUUUGCUCUGUUCGCCGCUCAACCACUGCUGAUUGUAGGCGCCACCGGUCCUCUUAUGGUCUUUGACAUGAGUCUUUACCAAUUUUGCCAGACAAAUGAAAUUGAUUUCCUGUCCAUGAGAGUGUGGAUUGGCAUAUGGAUGACGGUCAUUGGGUUAUUAGUCGUUGCUGUGGAAGCCAUAGCUCUUGUGAGGAAGUUCACCAGGUUUAUCGAGGAGAUUUUUGCUUCCUUAGUUUGCAUCAUCUUCGUCUACGAGGCCAUUACAAAUAUGGCGGCUAUCUUUUAUGACCAUCCACUCUUGGAGGUGUAUAGCUGUGGAUAUUAUCCCUCAAAUACAACAUCUUAUCCUAAUACAACAAUGGAAGUCGGGUUCGAUAACAUCAGUGAUAUGUCAUUGCUUGACACUGUUAACGGCAGUAUCAUCGACAGUGAGGACGGCAGUAUCAUCGACAGUGUGAACGGCAGUAUCAGCGUUAGCGUCAAUAGCACUAUCAAGAAAGCUAUGAAAAAGCGCAAAAUGAACCCCCAGCCCAACACUGCUCUCCUCUCUCUCAUCCUCAUGCUGGGAACCUUUAUUAUUGCCAUUAAGCUCAAAUACUUUCGUAACUCUAAGUAUUUAGGCAGAGGCAUCCGUCGCUCUCUGGGAGAUUUUGGUGUUCCUAUCGCCAUUUUUCUCAUGGUGCUGCUAGAUUAUCUCAUCAAGGACACUUACACCGACAAGCUCACUAUGCCUGAAGGUAUACAGCCCUCCAACCCUGCAGUCCGAGGCUGGUUGAUCAACCCUAUGGGCCAGGAGAAGCCUCUGCCUAUUUAUUGCAUAUUUGCUGCAGCUCCCGCUUCUAUACUCGUCUUUUUCCUCAUCUUUCUCGAAGAAAACAUCUGCCAUUUGAUUUUAAGCAAGCCAGAGCGUAAGAUGGUAAAGGGAUCAGGUUUCCACUUGGACCUUGUUCUAUCGUGCUUCAUCAACUUCCUCUCUGGGCUACUAGGCGCUCCCUUCAUGGGUCCGGCUUGUGUAAGGACUGUGUCACACACUGCUGCCCUCACUAUCACUUCCUCUGCACGCGGUCCUGGAGAAUCGCCUAGGAUUGAAGGUGUCAGAGAACAAAGAUUGAGUGCUUUUGUGGUGUCAGUGUUAGUAGGGCUGGCUGUCCUGCUCUCAGACGCCCUGAACCUGGUACCAAAGCCAGUUCUGUUCGGCGUCUUCCUGUACAUGGGGAUUGCUUCCACGGCUGGUAUUCAGUUAUUUGAGCGAUCGAUUCUUAUGCUCAUGCCAGUCAAGUACUACCCGGAUACUCCCUAUGCUAGGAAGCUUGAUGGUACAGAAUCCAACCUUCCUGAGGAUGAAGAUGAACUGGACUUCUACGAGGCUGCUCACCAACUUCCUACCGAUGCUGACCAUGAUCACCAGAGCUGAGGCUUAAAUAAAUUAAUUCUCUCAGCUGCCCUAUUACACAAACAUUCACACUGUCUCUUGCUAAUGUACAUAGUUCCUAAAAGAAACUAUUUCUUUUUUUGUGGUAAAUCUAUAUUUCACUAACAUGUAUAAAAUUUCAUUAUGUAUCAUUGAAGUACUUUUAGGUGGUCGAAACUU